CCCGUUUUGCAGGUUCCCCCCACAGUCAGUCUUAUAACUCCAGGGGCCGCGCUUCAGUCUGCGAAUUAAAAACAUAACUUUAAAAAUCUAUGGAAAUAGGGAAAAAGCAGCGGGCAUUUCUCUGCGCCUCUCAUAUGAGUUUUUGACGCGGGAGGUUGAGCGGCAGCUCGGAGUGCACAGACUGAGCCAUGACUCUGAGCUCGGAGAUGUCGGAUGCCUCCCUCCUUUCGGAAGAGACAGACAUCGACGUGGUCGGCGAAGGCGAGGACGGGGACGGCCGCACGCGCUCCUACGUGGACGAGGUGGCGCAGAUGCGGGACGGCAUCCUCCUGUCCGGCUCUCCUCCUCCCCCCCAAUGCCUGCAGGACGGCCCCACCUCCACCUCCUCCUCCUCCAGGGAUGCCUUCAAACCGGCGGGGAAGAACGCCCUGGUGAAGCCUCCUUACUCCUACAUCGCCUUAAUCACCAUGGCCAUCCUGCAGAGCCCGAAGAAGAGGCUGACCCUCAGCGAGAUCUGCGACUUCAUCAGCAACCGCUUCCCCUACUACAGGGAGAAGUUCCCUGCCUGGCAGAACUCCAUCAGACACAACUUGUCUCUGAACGACUGCUUCGUGAAGAUCCCACGGGAGCCCGGGAAUCCAGGGAAGGGCAACUACUGGACUCUGGACCCGGAGUCCGCCGAUAUGUUUGACAACGGGAGCUUUCUGCGGCGGAGGAAGCGCUUCAAGCGGCAGCAGACGCAGGAUUUGCUGCGGGAGCAUAACGGCUUCCUCCCCGCGGCCGCCGCGUACGGAUACGCACCUUACGGCUGCGGCGCGUACGGCAUCCAGCUGCAGUCCUACCACACGCACUCUGCGCUGCUCGCCUUCCAGCAGCAGCAGCAGCCCAGACAUUCCCACACACACAUCCCCUCACCGUCACUGAUGCCCACCAGCACAGACCUUACCAGAAGCAGGUUUUACCCCCAGCUCGGUUCCGGUUUGGGUUCCGCGUCCCCAGCGCAGAAACCGAGCUCUCCGGCGCAGCCGCCGCAGCGCUCCCCCUUCUCCAUAGAGAGCAUCAUCGGAGGCUCGCUGAGCCCCUCCAGGACUCCGCCUGUCAUUGUCCCGGUUUUGCCCUCUAUGGGGAUCCCCAGCCAGACGCAAUCCGUCCAUCCAGAAGCAGUUUUAGUCGAAAACUUUCCCAACAGAGUUAUCGGCGGCACUAGCGCCUGUUAAACUAACAAAAAAGUCUUAAAACUGCAAAAAAAACAAUGAUCAAAAAACAGAAACAAACGCUCCUCUUUGAAGGUAGGAUUAUUUUUGUACGUUUGAUUACAGCAGAAUGACGGACAUAAAAAAAAAAAAAACACUAUUUGUGCCUAUAUUCAUGCUGUUUAUAUUUAUGGUAUAUUUGUUUUAUUUUAAUGAGAAUCAAAAUGAUUUAUUUCUUUUUUUAACACGAGUUUUCCUUGUAUUUUUCCAAGACGUGAUUUGUUUCAGUCACUAUUUUAUUAUUAUUAUUUUUUUUUAGGAGCGUCUCAGGACAGGUUCUAAAUGAUCACAUUUUUUUAAAAACUGUGUCAAACACAUUCCUGUUUUUUUUUAUUAUAUCAGAAAAUCAAAACAAGUUUUAAAGGUUUUGUAUUAAAAAAAACGCAAAACAGCAAAGGUAUACAUUUAUAAUUCUAUUGCCGUGUGUUUUGAUUUGAAGUAAUGAAAGCGUUGUACAUUUUUUUGCAAUCAUGGUGUAACUGAGGUGUAUUUUUUACACAGUUUGUUUAUUGAUAAGAAGAAUAAAUUUCUUUUUGCUAAACAAAACAAAAACAACAUAGUUUGGAAAGAAGUUUAUUUAAGCCUCCUUUAAAAAUAAACCCAAGGUGCAGGAAUAACCAGUUCUACAGUCGUAAAACCAGGAGGGUAACAUCUGGCUGAUAUGCGUGUAUCAGCCCGUUUACGUUCAGAAGCUGCAUGCUUUUUUUUUCUGCGCCACUACUGCACGUUUUGGAACAUGCGCAAACGGGCUUUGCGUGUCCAUCUGACCUCUCUCACACUCAUCCUCAUAAUUGCGGUGAGCGGACAGGAGGGUGUCAGCCGGGUGAGGCAGGGGGCUGCAGGGUCACAGAUUUACACAUGAUGGCCACAGUUGGGUCACAAUUUAGUAGGAAAAAAAAAACUUCUUCAUCCCUGAUAUUUUUAUGAUCUGCUCCAAACUGACACAUAGAGAUAAAAAAUAAACAGAUUUUAUUUGAC